UCGAGCAUAUUCGAGAGGAACAGUGGUUACUUGGCAAGUGUGCGCUUUACGUCCCGGCUUCGAUCUCCCGCUGGGAAUUCGGUCUCGCCGAGUGAAAUUCGGAGGGUUUUUAAGUCGGAGUCGGAGCCUCAGAUUAAAGAGAGAAGCGAAACGGACGAGUCUCGCGCUCUCGCUCUUUAAAAGCACUCGCAGAGAGAAUGGCGAGUCACGACGAAUUGAUCUCGAGCUUCGCGGACGUAACUGGUGUUGAUGCCGAGAGAGCGCUAUUUUACCUUGAGUCAUCCGCGUGGCAACUGGAGGUUGCUCUUACCAGUUUUUACGAGAACGAUGAGCCGCUGCUGACCGAACCUGUCAGCGAUACACAGCCGUCGUCGGGAGAAUUGCAAGACAUGGCGGACACGGAUACAUCGAAGGAAAAGGCAGAGUCCAAGUCGGACUCGACGGAGUCAAAGGGCGCUAAACCGAAACAGAAAUUCAGCACGUUGAGCGAUCUUCAGAACAGAGACAAAGACAGCAGCUCGUCCGACGAUGAGGAAGAACAAGCGUUCUACGCAGGCGGCUCUGAACACAGCGGACAGCAAGUUUUAGGGCCGGGAAAGAAGAAAAAGGACAUUGUCAACGAUGUGUUCAAAUCGUGUCAGAAGCACUCGAUCGCCUCUGAUUCACCGAAACUUGGAGGACAGCAAAGGCCGAACACAUUCAGCGGCACGGGAUAUAAGUUAGGACAAACUAGUUCCGAUAGUGAAGUGGUAAUGGGAGCUAAUGCGGAUCCUCAGUCCUCCACAUCUUCAAGUGGUCCAGUUAUGUUGAAAUUGUGGAAGGACGGCUUCACGGUGAACGAAGGUGAGUUUCGACCGUACAAAGAACUCAAAAAUAUGAUGUUCCUAGAAGAUAUCAAGAAAGGUAAGAUACCAGAAGACAUGCAGGAUCAGAUACACGGUAAGGAGUUGCGACUGGAUGUGGAGGAUCAUCGUCAUGAGAACUACGUGCCUCCAAAAGCUGGUGAAAAGAAAGUGAAAGUGUUCUCCGGAAAGGGACACAUGCUAGGAAGUCCGUCACCAGCUACUGUAGGUAUGACAGUUCCAUCUGAUCCCGUUGAUCAGGCUGCCAACGAAGCCCAGGCGAAAAAAGAACUCAACAUAGACGCUUCGAAGCCAGCGACAACGUUACAAAUACGCCUUGCGGAUGGUAGUACCGUGAAGGCUCAGUUCAACCUGUCACAUACAAUCGCUGAUCUCAGAAGAUACAUAAUAACUAUGAGACCUCAGUAUGCUUUAAGGGAUUUCAGCUUGUUAACUGCAUACCCAACGAAGGAACUAGCGGAAGAUAAGACGAUCGAGGAGUCGGGCUUACAAAAUUCGGCUAUAAUACAACGACUGAAGUAAACUUUUCUAAAUUUCUAGUUUGACAAAUGUAACAAUUAGAUUACUAUAUUAUAACAAAUAUAAGUUAAAUGAUGUGAGAAGAUAAAAAUUUCUAUGUAUUUUUAUCGGGAAUAUAAUACCUCUUUCAUUAUGGUUUUU